AUGGUAAAGGAGGAUAUUGUAAAUGACAAUGAAGAUUCUGAGGCAUCAGUAUGUGAGAGAAAUGGCAUGAUACCCAUGCACGAGAAAAGUGAGGAGGGACCAACAGUAGAUGCCAAAGGUACUGAUGGGAAUAUGCAAACAGAAGAAACUGCUCUCUUGAAUCACUCUGCUCAGCAACCUCCAGAACCAACAGCAGGACCUCCAAUACCUACAAGAACAUGGAGGCAAAUAUUUGCUUGUCCUCCUCAAGGUUUACUGGCCCGAACAGUGACAAAUAUUGCAGUCAUGGUUCUGGUUUGGGCUGUGGUUUGGUCCAUCACUGGGACUGAGUGUCUCCCAGGUGGAAACCUGUUUGGAAUUCUUUUUCUUUAUUUUUUUGCUGUCAUUGGAGGUAAAAUUUUUGGAUUCAUUAAAAUACGAACACUACCUCCUCUCCCUGCUCUUCUGGGGAUGCUACUUGCUGGUUUCCUAAUCCGAAAUACCCCAUUCAUCAGUGAUAUUGUCCAGAUAAACCUACGCUGGUCUGCAACACUGAGGAAUAUUGCUCUUUCUAUUAUCUUGACCCGAGCGGGGCUUGGCCUGGAUGCAAAGGCUCUUAAGAAACUCAAAGCAGUCUGUUUACGGCUUUCUUUUGGACCAUGCCUGUCAGAAACAUGCACAGCUGCUGUUCUUGCCUACUUGUUCAUGCAUUUGCCAUGGCAAUGGGGUUUUAUAUUAGGUUUUGUUCUAGGUGCAGUGUCCCCUGCUGUGGUGGUCCCCUCAAUGCUGAUUUUACAAGCUGGGGGAUACGGGGUGCAGAAAGGUGUCCCAACUUUGCUAAUGGCAGCUGGCAGCAUUGAUGACAUUCUGGCUAUCACGGGCUUCAACACUUGCCUUGGAAUGGCUUUCUCUUCUGGUUCUACUCUGUACAAUGUGCUCCGUGGAGUGCUGGAGGUUGCUGUUGGCAUUGCAGCUGGUGGGAUUCUGGGAAUGUUUGUUCGAUAUUUCCCAAGCCGUGAUCAGGCAUCUCUGGCAUGGAAGAGGUCAUAUUUCAUACUUGGGCUAUCCAUGUUUGCUGUUUUUGGCAGCAUCUACUUUGGCUUCCCUGGAUCAGGAGGGCUCUGCACAUUAGUCCUGGCUUUUGUUGCAGGUGUGGGAUGGUCUAAUGAAAAG